AUGUUGGCCAACGGCACCAACCAUCAGCCCUCCCCAUUAUCCCCGUCGACCAUUCACAUCACUACACAUAAUACUUUGGGCCAGGCGACACUUCACAGCUCAGAGAUACCCCAAUGGACGGCCUUCAAGGAGUUGAAAUACGCUUCCGCGUUACUGUACACGACAACAACGAUGCCGCCCAACCUGAACGAUGACGCAGACAUCAAGAGUCACCAGGAGGUAACUUCAGGAGGCAAAGUCGCUCCUGCCGUCUUGCCAAAGGGCACCGUCUGUCGUUUCGUGGAUUUUGAGCCCAACAGCAAGGGAUUCAUGCACCGGACCCAGAGCCUCGACUAUGGCAUCGUCAUGGAAGGCGAGGUGGUGCUUGAACUGGACGACGGCAGUGAGACGCACAUGACGCGCGGAGAUGUCGCCAUCCAACGAGGCACCAUGCACGCGUGGAGCAACCCCAGUCCGACCGAGUGGGCGAGGAUCCUGUUCGUCCUGCAAGACUGUCAGCCACUAUUGGUGAAUGGGAAGAGAUUCAAGGAGGACCUGGGCGCGGCUAAUGGACAUGUGCCAGAGAGUGCCAAUGAUAGAGAGUGA